AUGGCAGGCAGACCCAUCAUUGCGAUUGUCGGUCCCUCAGGCGUUGGAAAGACGAAGCUUGGAACUGCACUCGCCAAAGCCGUGAACGGCGAGGUCAUCUCCGUGGACAGUCUGCAAACAUACCGACAUGGAGGUAUUAUAACCGCAAAGCCUACUAUCCAGGAAAUGGAUGGUGUCAAGCACCAUCUGAUAGACUAUCUGCAGCCCGACCAAGAACUAUCUGCCUUUGUCGGCCUUGCUAUCUCAAGAAUCCAGCAAAUCCAGGAUGGCGGCAAGAACCCUCUGCUGGUCGGUGGAUCCAUCUCGUUAACUAAGCCCCUCCUCUCGCACCCUUUCAUCCAACGCAGCGAUUGA